UUUUCAACAGCGUUAAUAGUGUGCCGCGUGCGUCUGGAUUUGGAUUGGUUUCAAGUUGUAUUAAAAAUCAAAAGUACAGACAAAUAAAAUGGGUAAGCCAGGUUUCAGUCCUCGUGGUGGUGGUGGCGGUAGAGGAGGCGGCGGUGGUGGCGGUGGUUUCCGUGGUGGCGCCGGACGUGGUAGUCGUGGUGGAGGUGGCGGCGGCGGAUUUGGUGGACGUGGAGGCGGAGGUGGACGUGGUGGCGGCGGUGGAGGUCGCGGCGGCUUUGGUGGGCGCGGCGGUGGUGGAGGUCGUGGUGGCGGAGGUCGCGGCGGCGGUGGCUUUGGUGGACGUGGCGGCGGUGGCCGUGGAGGCGGCGGCCGUGGCGGUGGCGCUGGUGGCUUCAAAGGCGGCAAAACAGUCACCAUUGAACCACAUCGUCAUGAAGGCGUAUUCAUUGCGCGGGGCAAAGAAGAUGCUCUGGUAACACGAAACUAUGUUCCCGGCUCCGAAGUCUACGGCGAGAAGCGCAUUUCCGUUGAGACUGGCGGCGAAAAAAUUGAGUAUCGCGUGUGGAAUCCGUUCAGAUCUAAGCUGGCCGCUGCCAUUCUUGGCGGUGUUGAAAAAAUACACAUGCCACCUGGCUCCAAGGUGCUGUAUUUGGGUGGCGCCUCUGGCACAACGGUGUCUCAUGUUUCAGACGUUGUCGGACCUGAAGGUCUAGUAUAUGCCGUUGAGUUCUCCCAUCGCUCGGGUCGUGAUCUGAUAAAUGUAGCCAAGAAGCGCACCAACAUUAUACCUAUCAUUGAGGAUGCUCGGCAUCCACACAAGUAUCGCAUGCUGGUUGGCAUGGUGGACACAAUCUUUGCGGAUGUAGCGCAGCCGGAUCAGGGCCGCAUUGUGGCGUUGAACGCACAGCAUUUCCUUAAGAAUGGUGGUCACUUUGUCAUCUCUAUUAAGGCGUCCUGCAUUGAUUCCACAGCACAACCCGAGGCUGUGUUUGCCGCUGAGGUGAAAAAGAUGCAGGCAGACAAACUGAAACCACAGGAGCAGUUGACGCUGGAACCCUACGAGCGUGAUCAUGCUGUUGUUGUGGGCGUGUACCGCCCACCUCCAAAGCAGUAAAGUUCUGUUGCGGAGAAUGUGGUUAGGUUUUAGGCUAUAUACAUAAUACUUCUUUUAAUGCAGUCGUAUUGUAUUAAGUUUCUUUUUUAAUAUACAUACAAAAAUCAAACAAAACAUAGUUAAGAUUAUAAAAUGAUGAAAACUAUUUUUUGUAACAGACGUACAAAAUAUAAC